AUGCGGGUGCUCGCGUUGACGGGCUGGGGAGGGGGGAUCAGAGUAGGGAUGGAAGCUCUGUUGGCGCGAGCGUCACGGUUUUGGCACGAGCACUGGGUGGAGAGGGGACCGCUGUCUUCGAGGGAGCAUUGGCCUGCUACAAUGAGCCUAUAUCAUGAGUUAGGUCAUGAUGAGCUGGAGGUGAUAGUUGCGCGAGGACUACAUUAUGUAGGAAGGUGGCCGAGGAUACGAGCACAUACUACCAUGAUGAUGGCGCUGGUGGAGAGGUGGGAUAGUUGGUAUAACACCUUUCGUUUGCCAACUAGAGAGGCCACAGUGACUCUGUUAGAUGUUUGGAGGAUCUUGAAGAUCCCCAUUCGUGGCAUUAUCCCUGAGUAUCAGUUAGAUGUAGCUAAUUUUUAUCUGCAGGAGGUGUGCGAGUAUGAGACGCCACCUAUGUUAGACAGGAGCAGGAUGCACUUGGGUCGGGCGAUGGGUGUUCGACGGAUUCCUCGAUUGGUUUUGGUGAUUUGCGGAUUUCAGAGUGGGCGGAUCAUUCCGGAUUUGGGCAGACAUGGAUUCCCCCUUGGAUGGAGCAGAUGUUUAUACUUCAUGUUGCAUGAUGGUCAGCAGUAUGCGUGGGGCGUGACAAUGCUAGCUCAACUAUAUCAUGAUAUGCAUCUGGUGGUGUACAGAGAGUAUGCUAGUUUAUCUGCAGGGGUCACACUCUUACACAUCUGGGUGUGGGAGCACAUUGCAGUGACUUGA